CGGGCUGGGCUGAGAGGGGAGGGGUUGGCGGCGGCGGCGGCGUCGAUAUUUCCGCGAUCUGGACGGUGCGUGGCGGCGCGGUUGGCCACGGGAGAAGUAGGUAGGGACCGCCGUGCGGAGCCAUUGAGACUUCUUCCCUCCCGUGUCAGAGAGCCGCAGCCCCCCGCGCGGGUGGCGGACCCUGGGGACGCCAGGUCACCCUGCGGCCCCUGCCCACCCGCCGCGCUUCAGGAAUAAUGGUUAUGAAAGCUUCUGUAGACGAUGAUGAUUCAGGAUGGGAGCUCAGUAUACCAGAAAAGAUGGAAAAAAGCAAUACAAACUGGGUGGACAUAACCCAAGAUUUUGAAGAAGCUUGUCGAGAACUAAAGUUGGGAGAACUGCUUCAUGAUAAGCUAUUUGGUCUUUUUGAAGCUAUGUCAGCCAUUGAAAUGAUGGAUCCCAAGAUGGAUGCUGGCAUGAUUGGAAACCAAGUUAAUCGAAAAGUUCUCAAUUUUGAACAAGCUAUCAAGGAUGGCACCAUUAAAAUUAAAGACCUCACCUUGCCUGAAUUGAUAGGGAUAAUGGAUACAUGUUUUUGCUGUUUGAUAACAUGGUUAGAAGGCCAUUCCUUGGCACAGACAGUAUUUACGUGCCUUUACAUUCAUAAUCCAGACUUUAUAGAAGAUCCUGCCAUGAAAGCUUUUGCUCUGGGUAUCUUGAAAAUCUGUGACAUUGCAAGGGAAAAAGUAAAUAAAGCUGCUGUUUUUGAAGAGGAAGAUUUUCAGUCAAUGACUUAUGGAUUUAAAAUGGCCAACAGUGUGACAGAUCUUCGAGUUACAGGCAUGCUAAAAGAUGUGGAGGAUGACAUGCAAAGAAGAGUAAAGAGUACUCGAAGUCGACAGGGAGAAGAAAGAGAUCCAGAAGUUGAACUAGAACACCAACAGUGUUUAGCAGUAUUCAGCAGAGUGAAAUUUACUCGAGUGUUAUUGACAGUGCUUAUAGCCUUCACUAAGAAAGAGACCAGUGCUGUUGCAGAAGCUCAAAAAUUGAUGGUUCAAGCAGCAGAUCUUCUUUCUGCCAUUCAUAAUUCAUUGCAUCAUGGCAUCCAGGCCCAGAAUGAUACUACAAAAGGAGAUCAUCCCAUUAUGAUGGGUUUUGAGCCUCUUGUUAACCAGAGACUACUUCCACCCACCUUCCCUCGAUACGCAAAAAUAAUAAAGAGGGAAGAAAUGGUCAACUAUUUUGCAAGAUUAAUAGAUAGAAUAAAAACAGUCUGUGAGGUGGUCAAUUUAACAAAUUUACAUUGUAUCCUGGAUUUUUUCUGUGAAUUUAGUGAACAAUCACCUUGUGUUCUUUCAAGAUCUCUAUUACAAACCACUUUCCUGGUGGAUAACAAAAAGGUCUUUGGAACCCAUCUCAUGCAAGACAUGGUGAAAGAUGCACUUCGGUCUUUUGUCAGUCCUCCGGUGCUCUCCCCAAAGUGCUGCCUAUAUAAUAAUCACCAGGCUAAGGACUGUAUUGAUUCCUUUGUUACUCACUGUGUUCGGCCAUUCUGUAGUCUUAUUCAGAUCCAUGGACAUAACAGGGCUCGACAGAGAGAUAAGCUCGGUCAUAUUCUUGAGGAAUUUGCCACCUUGCAGGAUGAGGCAGAGAAGGUUGAUGCAGCCCUUCACACUAUGCUGUUGAAACAGGAGCCCCAAAGGCAACAUUUGGCUUGUUUAGGUACCUGGGUCCUUUACCAUAACCUUCGAAUUAUGAUACAGUAUCUUCUAAGUGGCUUUGAAUUGGAACUCUACAGCAUGCACGAGUACUAUUACAUAUAUUGGUAUCUCUCUGAAUUCCUUUAUGCAUGGUUGAUGUCAACAUUAAGUCGUGCCGAUGGCUCUCAGAUGGCAGAGGAAAGGAUAAUGGAAGAGCAGCAGAAAGGCCGUAGUAGUAAAAAAACAAAAAAAAAGAAGAAAGUUCGCCCAUUGAGCCGAGAGAUCACAAUGAGCCAGGCAUAUCAGAAUAUGUGUGCUGGAAUGUUUAAAACUAUGGUAGCAUUUGACAUGGAUGGCAAAGUACGAAAACCCAAGUUUGAGCUCGAUAGUGAACAAGUUCGAUAUGAGCACAGAUUUGCUCCAUUCAACAGUGUAAUGACACCACCACCAGUGCACUAUCUGCAGUUCAAGGAAAUGUCUGACCUCAAUAAAUAUAGCCCUCCUCCUCAGUCUCCAGAACUGUAUGUGGCAGCUAGUAAGCACUUUCAGCAGGCAAAAAUGAUAUUGGAAAAUAUCCCAAACCCAGACCAUGAGUAGGGUACCGUGCAGCCCUAAAAAGGACAAGGAAGAUAUUUAUUUACUGUAAUGGAAUGUUCUUCAGAAUAUAAGAAGUUUAAAAAGCAAGCUUAAAAUCUGUAUAUAUAGUAUGCUGCCAUUUCAGUCAAGAGGAACAAAGGAAGACCACAUGUAUGUGUGCCAAUAUAAUAUGAAUAUAACAUAUCUCUGGAAAGAUACAUAAGAAUUAAUAAUAGUGUUUGCUUCUUAGGGUUGCUAAGUGCCUUAGGGAAGAGGGGUAGGAGAGAGAUGACUUUUUAAAAAAAUCAUAUAUAGUCAUGUAAUGAAAGAAAAUAAAAGGGGGGAGUGUAAAAAUUAGAGGAAGGUGCCUGUAAUAGAUGGAAUAUUUCUUUUAGUGGACUUCAUUUAUUUAACUCAACAAAUAUUGUUGAGUGCCUACUAUGUCCUAAGCACUAUGGUAGGUUCCAGCAAGGAAAAAACACAGAAAUCUGGGCCCUUCUCGGGGCAGGGGAGGCAAGCAGUAAAUAAAUAAAUAAGUUAUAUAGUGUAUUAGAAGAUCAUAAGUACUAUGAAGAAAAAUCAAGCUGGGAAUAGGGGUAGUGAAUGCUACAAGAAGGAGGCAGGUGGAGGGGAUUAGACAUUUUAAAAUAAGUUGGCCUCUGGGCAAGUCCUGGAAGAAGGUGAAGAAGCAAGUCACGUGGCCAUCUGGGGAUGGAGCCUUCUAGGCAGAGGGAUCCAAUAUGUGUAAAGGUGCAGAGGUCGGAGUGUGCCCUGUUGUAUUUGAAGAACAGCCAAGGGCUUUGUGUUGGAGUGAGGUGAACGAGGGGGUGAGCUGUUGGGGAGUUCUGAGCAGAGGUGUGACCAGAUCUGAUUUUUGUUCUAAAGGAUCACUCUGGCCAAUGUGCUGAAAAGAGACUGUGGUGGGACCAAGGGUGGAAGCAGGGGAGCCAGUUAGAGGCCAUAACUAUGAUCCAGUUGAAAGGUGGUGGUGCCAGUGGAUCAGAAGUGAUUGCGUCCUCUGUGAAUUUUAAGGUCUAGCCAAUGGGAUUGAUUGAUGGUGAUGGAUUGGAUGUGGGGUAAGAGAAAGAGAGUCAAGGAUGGUUUUGAGGGUUUUGGCCUGAGCACCACCAGGGUGGAUUGAGUCAUGUAGGGAAGACUGCAGGCUGGAGCAUGGGGGAGGCAGGGCUGGGAAGGUCAGGAGCUCAGUUUUGGACAUGGCUUUUGGAUGUCCAAAUGGAGUAGUCAUGUAGGUAAGUGGAUGUGUGAUCUGGAGCUGAGGAGAAGCAGUUCCUGAACUCGUGGUGACGUGUCAAGUGAGGUCACUAAGAAGAGGGCAGUGGGAACUUGUUUUCCUUCAAGUUGCCCAUUACUUCCUCUUAAGAGAAGUGAAUAUUCCAUUCCAUUGUUAUUCAUGUGUUCAGGCGAAGCCUUUUAGACAAAUGGUUGUCAGAAGUAACAGUCAACACUUAAAGGACACUUAUUACCUGCCAGGUGUGGGUCUCAGCUCAUAAUAUGUAUUAACUCACUUAAUCCUCAGAACAAAUCUUUGUGGGAUAGGUAAAUUAUUAUCCCUAUUUUUACAGAUGAAGAAACUAAGGAACAGAGAGGUUAGAAAACUUCCAGAGGUUUCAUAGCUAGUAAGUGGCAAAGCUGGAACUUGAAAACAGACAGCUUAACUCCAGAGUCCAUGCCCCAAACACUAUAUUGUAUUGUCUUUGUAGGACUUUGCAACGUAAUGUUCUUUUGUUUUAAUGAAAACGAGAUACAGUAGCCCUUUCAAGUUUUCCUGGUUGACUACUGGAGUUCUGUGUUACUAAAAGACGUAUGAUGGUGUUCAUGUUUUUAAAUUGCCUUUAUUUUAAUAAAAUAUCAACACUUACAUCGUGCCAAUUUCCUCUU